ACCCUAAACCUACAACCUGCUACUUCUGCGAAAUCAAAAGUGAAUCAGGCUUUAAACUUGUAACCAUCAAAUCUGUCAAUCGAAUCUGUUGAUAUAUCCAUUCAAUGGAUGCCGAACCUGGAACUGGGCAUACGAACCGUAAGGUACCAGAAGUUAUACCCGAAGUCAUAGAUCUGGAGUCUAUGGAGAUCAAGGAUAAGAUUGAAGAAAAGAGUGGUGACUACCUGCCAAUGUAUAUCCACAUUGGUGGUGGUUUUAAACACGACCGCAAUGGUAACCUUAGAUAUGUUGAUGGGGAGUGUGAUACAUGGCAAGUGAAUCCGGACUUGUUAACAGUUUGGGAGUUUUAUGAGAAAGAAUUGCAAAUUAUUGGAGACGACACAGUUAGGGAAGUGUUCAAUGUGAUGAAGGGACAUGGUGAAGUUCACAUAUAUGUGGAUCACAUCCCCAACUUUGCUGAAAUAGUUCCUCUAUCUCCUGUUUUAAUGCUCCCAGCACCUGGUGAUCCUUUAGAACCUGUUGAUGGGGUUUGUAAUGAUGUUGGUGGUGGGGUUUAUAGUGAUGUUGGUGGUGGGGUUUGUAGUGAUGCUGGCGGGCUUUGUAGUGAUGUUGGUGGGAGUAGGAUCCAUGAGGCUGGUGGGCUUUGUAGUGAUGCUGGUGUGAGUAGGAUUAAUGAGGAUGAGGCAUUUAAUGAGGUUGGUGAAAGGAGGGACAAUAACAGUGAUGAACAUGAUGGAAUAUUUAAUGAGGCUGAUAAUGUUGAAGAACUUGAGGCAAAUGAGUAUGAGCAUGGGCUUGAGGAUUUUCCUAACUUGUCUGACAGUAAAGAUGAGGAGGCUAUUCUAACAAGGGAUAAUUUGAGGCAUUACAAUUUGACUCAACAUCAUGCUGAUAAUAUAAACAUUGUUGUUCAAGGUGAGGAUGAUGCAGAAAUACAAUUUGAUGAUGAAUGUGCAAGAAUGAGAAAUGUGACUGGAAGAUUCUACUGGCGAUGGACACUCCUACAAAUUCUUAGAUGGUGUGGAAUGACACCUGUGCAACGCAAGAAGACAAAGGAUAAGUUGAAGAAGAAAUUUGAAAGUGUUUCUAAUGCUGAAUACAACAGGUUAUUUGAUUACACAAAUGAGCUUAGGUCAAAAGAUCCAGAAGCAAGCGUUGUGCUUCAGUGUUGUAGACAAUCAGCAGAUACAACUUCUACAUUCUUAAGGAUGUACGUUUGUUUCAGUGUGUUGAAGAAGGGAUUUCUUGCUGGAUGCAGAUGUGUAAUAGGAGUUGAUGGUGCAUUCCUCAAAGGUGUCUACAAAGGAGAGUUGCUGACUGUUGUUGGACGGGAUGCAAACAAUCAAAUGUACCCAAUAGCUUGGGCUGUAGUGGAGGGACUUACUAAGGCUGUGGAGGAGCUCUUCCCAUAUGUUGAACACAGGUUCUGUGCUAGACAUAAGUACAGCAAUUUUAGGAAGCAGCAUAAAGGCAAGGAGCUGCAAAAGGCAUUUUGGAAGUGUGUUAAGGCACGAACAAUACCUGAGUUUAGCAAAGCUUUGGAUGAGUUGACAUCAUUGAAACCUUCUGCAAGGGAACUAUAUUUGAGGGCAUUUUGUGGUCAAAGGAUAGUGGCAAGAAGGGAAUUUGGGGAUAGAAAGUUUAUAGAUGAUUUUGGUCCAAGAACAUGGGAAAAGCUGGUAGCAAAUACGAGGGGAAGUAGAAGGUGCAAAUCCUUGUGGCCGGGGAGUAACUGUUAUGAAGUUCAAGGGAAUGGUGCAGAUGUAUACAUGGUUAAUGUGGAUGAAAGAAAGUGCACAUGCAGGGAAUGGGAUCUCAUUGGAAUCCCUUGUAGGCAUGCCAUGG